UUUGUUUUUGAAAUCAAUUUAUCAAUUGUUAGUCAAAAAGACUGUUUGAAAGCAAUAAUAAUAUAUGAAUUGAAUGAAUGAAUGAUUGAAUUGAUAAUCAAUUGAAAACACUUUGAAUUUAGUGAUAAUAAUAAUCAUAUGAAUCGACUGAUUAUUUGAUGUAUUGUUUUGAUUUGAUUACAGUUUUUGUUGUUUUUAUUCAAUUUGUUUGUCGAUUACAUCUAACUAUUGGUCAACCAAUUGGUCACUUAAAACAAUUAUUGCCAACAAAUGUCUUUGAUUUUCGGUGACCAGCCGUCAGAGGACGAGAUGAACCAAAACGAGGCGAUAAAAGACAACAACAAUACCGUCGAUGACAAUAAUGCGGCAAAUUUUGAAUGGGAAUAUGCGAUGAGGCGUCAGAUGCAGCAAAUUGUACCGAAUCUAUGGUUGGGUCCGUACGCGGCCGCACUCAAGACAAAGGAAGAAGAGUUGUGUCGAGUUGGUAUCACUCAUAUUGUUUGUGUCCGUCAAGACAUUGAAAGCCAUUGGAUUCGACCCAACUUUCCAUCGAAAUACAAGUACUUAUGUCUGGACAUUGCAGACACACCAACACAACAGAUAAUUCCACACUUUCCUGUCGUUAGCCGAUUCAUUGACGAGUGUUUCCAAGAGAGAGGAGCCGUUUUAAUUCACGGAAACGCCGGUAUCUCUAGAAGUGCUGCUCUGGUUAUCGCAUAUAUUAUGGAAAAACAAAAUUUGACCGCCAAUCAGGCUAUUCGUGUCGUUCAAAGCAAACGUUUUUGUAUUUUCCCGAACGAGGGUUUCCGCCAACAGCUUCAAGAGUACGAACCGAUACUUCAGGCGCGAGGAAUACCUCUCGCAUCUUCCGGUGGUGUUAAACGAUCCUUCAGUGAAGAGGACUCAGAAAAUAUGGACACAAAUCAAAUCUAA